GGCAUCAGAAUUACAAAACCCAUCACAAAUACUUCAAUCUAAACGUGUUUCAGAGUGCACUCUUCCUUUAAAACACUCCACCAGUAGGACAUGCACACUAGAAUGGCAGUGUCACUGCUGUAGAAUGAUUCAACCCAUAAAAUGAUAUCCUCCGGUCCAUCUACCUUGAUGGACCAGCAAGAAGCAUGUCAUUUCAGUACACUAGUUUGGCUUUUGGACGCGGCCUGUUAAUUUAUUUUGGUGCUCCUGUCCCUUUAAGAAGCGCCGCACCGUUACGUCACUGUGCUUUUGCAGCGUCAGUGCGCGGCGCUCGCGCUCUCAGCAGCGUCAUUCAUCCGCCUCCAUUAAAGCAGCAGGGGAAAGGCGCUGCAGGAUAUCACCGCUCCAGGUCACCGACAAAUAAAAAAUAAAAAGAGCGAGAAGUUCACUCAGGUCUGCUGUGAUGGAGGACGAGCAGCGUGCAGAGGAGACACCAGAAACCGCAAACAUUGUGUACUGAGGCAGAUGGUGAAAGACUCGUUGCCUAUGUCUCUCUCAGCUAACAGAAGGCCGUCUGCUGGAACUCGCAGACGGCCUGCUGGUACAGUCAAUAGCCGACAGCCUCACACACAUGCAGAUUCCUCCAUCAGCACCACUUGCUCAGCAUCGCCCUGCAAAGGCGCAGAAAUCAGUAGCAAACCACGAUCACAUCCAGCUACACCUCGACGGCAGGCGAAGUACGGAGGCUGUAGUGAGAAUCACGGGAUCCGUCCUCCUGCUCCCGAGCAAUAUCUCACUCCACUGCAGCAGAAGGAAGUGUGUAUCCGUCACUUACGUGCCCGGCUGAAGGAGAAUGUGGAGAGAUUGCAGGACAGGGACUCGGAGAUCGGGGAGUUGCGAAUGCAGUUGACGCGCAUGCAGGAGGACUGGAUCGAGGAGGAAUGUCAUCGGAUUGAGGCCCAGCUGGCACUGAAAGAAGCUAGAAAAGAGAUCCGGCAGCUCCAGCAGGCCGUGGACGCUGUCCGAUCCAACCUGGGCCACCAUGACUCGGAUCUACAGGACUGUAAGUCGGACGGAGCGAGUGGAGUCAGGCUGGAGUCGCGACUUGGAGCUUCGAGGUCAUGUGGAUGCUCUCCAGCUCACACCAUCGGUCGUAGUGCCACCUUUACUAGGCUGAGCAGUGAAACAUUGCCUGGCAUCGACCGUAAUGGUAAUGUUACCUCCCAGCACCGCACUCACCCCAUUCCCGCCAACCGAGGAGCUGCGACUUUACCAAGAGGUGAUGGACGCCCUCGUCUCAUCCUGGAGGCGGCCCGUCUAUCUGAGCAGGCCCCACCCACGAUGCUGUGCUCCACCCUUUCACGCUCGUCCACCUAUGAGAAACUGUGUAGCAAGGAGACGGUCGCACCUGUAGGCCGACCCUGCCGUAUGAUUAACAACAACUGCAGCUGUGCACUGAAUGCCUGCCUCCCUCAUCACCAUCUUUUUUUGCAUCUUCCUCAGCAGGAACCUCCACCUCCCCCACCUCCUACGCCACCACCAGUGCCACAUAGUGCAUCCGAGGCGAGCGAUAAGCCCGGAUUCAGAUCACAAGCCUGCAGCCCGACCAUCACCUGGAUCUCACCAGAGGAAGAGGAGGAAGAGGGUGAAGAACUGAGCGUCAUCACUUCAGCCACAACGGCGCCGGACGUCACGCUUGCUGAACCGCAAACAAUUUCAACGUCUUCCUCCACCAUAUUGUCGACACAAAAAUCUUACCUCGCUAAGCCUUUACCGCCAGACAGCCUCGUUCACUCACUGUCCUCAAAAACAGCUUCACAGACAGUGGUGACUAUGCCACAAGUCCAUCAACCCAGUCUUCGGUCGCCUCCAUCACCCGAGCAGCCUCCACAGAUAAAAGAAGAAGAUGGAGCUGCUGGAACUACCGAGGAAGAGGAGGCGCAAGAACAAGAUCCUCCCAGCUGUCACUGGAGCCGCUAUUUCCUUGUUGAUCUGCUAGCCGUGGCGGUCCCGAUUGCACCAACAUUGGCGUGGCUUUGUCGAGGAGGGCAGCAUGACAUCAUACCAGCGUACCACAUGGGCUCCCUUUUGCGCGGCUGUUGCGCAGUGGCACUUCAUUCACUAAGACGUGUUGGCAGCACUCGUAGCCAAGGCCCAUCUGGGACAGGGGGUGCGACAGCAAUCUAAAUAUCUGCCCUAGACUUCUCUGCCCUGGUGUGUUUCUUUUUCAGCUAUAUCCUAUUUCAGUGGUCACCAACCCUCUUCCGUGAGAUCGACCUUCCUGCAGGUGUCAUCUCCAACCAAAAUCUAACACACCUGCUUUAGUUUAUCAAGAACUUCUUAAGGAAUUGGUUAAGCAGGCAUGAUUAUGGUUGGAGCUAAAGUUUUCAGGAAGGUAGAGCUCCAGAAACAGCGUUGGUGACCAGUGUCCUAUAUCAUGUUUAAUAGACAUACUAAUUAUUUAUGCUUAGAAUGAACUGAAGCAAAAUAUGGUUGCAGUAGGCUUUAUCUAUGAAGGAGAAACGGCUCACUACAAUCUGAAUAUCAAAGUUAAGCAUUUUUUUCCUCGUCUAAUUUGGCCAAUUCCCACCCACCAGUCGGCUCAAUUGUUAUACAAAAACCGGCAAUUGUGGAGGGUGUCUGAAAUACGUGAAGCCAGCCAACCACGUGUCAAACUGCUGCUCAUGCUGUGUAUCACACUCAGCGUAACACACUCGGGUGGGGGUGGGGGGGAAGCGUUAUCCACCCUCUCCUGCAUACAUGAUCUCACAGAGACCCAGGAUUGGCUAGUGUCCUUGUGACUGACAGUAUGCCAUCCCUCCCCGAUGGCUGUGGCAUUGUCAGGAUUUGCUCUCGCGAUCUCCGGACUAUAGGGUAAACUAUUUUCACCUCAUCGCCACUCAGGAUCCCUCACGUUUGAAUUUUUAUCCGAUUCUAAAUUCGGUAUUUAAAUGUUCAAAAUACUAAUCUGGGGACUCGAGGAAAGAAGCGAAGAAGCACAGAUUCGAUCGCCACUAUUUCAGCCAACAAGCUAAAUCUUCAGAUGGUGUGAAAAUUUGUAUAUAAACUUGAACUGGAUUUGAACUGGAUUUGAACUGGAUUGUGUCACCAAAAGUUUCAUUUGAAUUUCCCCACACCUAAAAUGAAAUUCGAAACCUUUCACAAAUUGAAGUGG